CCGGGCACGACGCCUUUCGGCCGGGCGCAGGCGCCACCGUGAGCCCGCGGCGGAGGGCUACUCGCCCGGGGACGGGGCUCCAUGCGCUGCCAGGUCUCGGUGCUGUAUUUCGCCCGGAGUGCGGAGCUGGCAGGGCUGCGGCGUGAGACGCUCUCGGUGCCGCGGCAGAUCACCGCGAUCCAGCUCUGGGAGGAGAUCGUCAAGGUGCACCCCAGGCUUGCUGUCAUCCGGGAUCAAGUAGUUUUUGCUGUUCGGCAGGAGUACGUGCUUCUUGGUGAUCAGUUCCUGGUCCUGCAGCCUGGAGACGAGGUUGCCAUCAUCCCACCAAUUAGUGGAGGAUGAAUCUACCCAAGUUCUGUUAGGUCCGGACCUGUAAUUGCAAUUCUCUCCCUCCAUAUUGAUACUCUUUCUGCUGCAGAAAACAUUGACCAGAAACUACAAGCUAGUGCACCAGUAAAUAAUUAACGCAUAAACG